AUGCAGAGCACCCACGAGAUUCGCCGUCGCGCCUCCGUGGUCGAGCGUCCGCCGGCGGAUCCCCCGGCCACCACGACAACGACGGCCUUCACCCCCCAACAUGCCAUGCCCCUAAGGCCUUGCCAUUUCAAACCCUCAGAAGCCCAGGUCGAGACUCUCACAGGGGAGAUGGAGAUCCCCGAGGCUAUGACGCCCCCUCCUCCGCCGACACCGUCGACUCAGGAUCGCUUCUCGCGCACGUCACGUUCGACUUCCAAUGCGUCACGAAACACGAACCGCUUGUCCCUUACCCUUCCCAUUGCACCGCCAACCAGUGAUCCCUCCCGACCAGCUUCAGUCGCAACCACAUCCUACCCUCCUACACCUAUCGAUACCUCGGCGCUCACAUCUCCCACUGACCCCAAUGACUUCAUCAUUGCGAUAGCAGCGCAAGAGCGACGCGUACUAGAGAUUCGGGAGGAAUUGGCUCGUGCCGAGGCCGAGCUCACGAGGCUCAAGCAGCAAUGGACGAUUCAAGGGGCUCAGAGGAAGAGAGAGAUACGUAAUGAGCCAAUGCGCCCUCUAGCGCCACAGUUUGAACCGUCCCUGCUAGACGACGAUGAGGCAGCAUCAAAACGGAGCGUUGAGCUGGAUAGGAGGAAAUCGCUUCUGAGAGACUUGCAGGGACAGACGGGGCCCAGGGAAUACCGACGAAGGGUCCUCCGUGGCGGGCACACAAGGACACUAUCGUUGCUGUCGCCGACCAAGCCAGAUGGCUUUGCUGUGCACGAGGACACUGCAAGCCUCAAAUCGCCAGUGCUCAGGUCCCCGCCUAUGCUCUCGAACGCCGCGCUGUCGAAGAGAGCGUCCUGGCAACCUAGGUCGUAUAAUGCAGCUGCCCCCCUGCUGUAA